CGUACGAUACUAGUUAUUCAACCUAUUUCGCAUCCAUGAUUUCAUUUAUCAGAUAAGAACUAUACUUCUUACAGUGGGUAACCUAAGUCAUAAGAUAGGCAGUAUUUAUUCUAUACAUAAUGAAUCAAUACGUCUCUGAGAGGAGACUCACUUGGUGUUAUGGCCUAUUAGCCAUAAUGCUCACCAUAUCUGUUAUUUGUAUUGCUAUUCCUUACAAUCAUUGGCAGUCCACCUUAGAUGUCUGUCCAAGUAUAGGACUGGAAAACAAUAACUGUGCUUGUAUUUUCUUUGGUGUUAGUACUUCACAGUACUUUAAUGGUGGUCACUCAUCAUACUGUCUUUAUGCAAUUUUUGCACCAUUACCAAUUAUUGCAUAUGCAAUCAUAAUGGCUUUGUUUCAUAUGUACAGAGUAUGUAUAAAUAAUAUUGGUAAGUUUGAGGAUGAAAAAUCUACAACUAUGGAGGAAAUUGAAGGUGAAGCUAUAGUAGCAACUUCUAGAGCAAGGGUAAGCAACAAUAAUGAUGCUGUCAUAUAUUGUUGGGUUCCAACUUCAUGCCUUGCUGCCAUAUUUUGCAUUUACAAUAUGAUUCAUGCAGCUAUUAUAACACAUGGAUUUUUGAGGACUUGUAGCCAAUAUAGGGCUUAUGUAGCAAGAGAACUUCGUGCUUCUGGGGAUCAUGUUUCAGUCAUUCACUUUCGAUUGAGUUGCCAAAGUAUUUUCGACUUUAUGGACUAUUUGCAGAAAGAUGCACCAAAUAGUCGCCGAGGUGAUUUCAUCAAUACUGGAUUGUCUCUUCAGCUUGCUCUUAUUUCAUCAUGGGUAGCAGUUAUGUUAUGGAUUGCUGUUGUUGUGUACACUGCAAUAAGGGCACACAAGGAAAGGGAUGUCUUAACUUGUUGUGGUAACUGAUCCUUCAUUUAUGACAUAUACUUUCACCAGUACCAGUG